AUGGAGAAAUUAUUUCAUUUCGCUGUCCAUUUUCUUUUUGGAAAUGGUACAAUGAGCGGUGAGCCGGUGCCGCUCAUCUUUUUGAAUUGCUCCAGCAUAUUCAUAUUCGGCAAAGAUGAGAAAUACGCCGCAUGUCCGAUUGAAAACGGUACUGAUCCAUGUUAUUUACUACGAGAAGUACAUCGAGCAAAGGAGUUUCGAACCUAUUUUCUUGCAAUACUUCCUAUCAUUUUAUCAGUGAUUGCAUGUCUUUUGAAUAUUGGAUACUUGAUAGCACAGUUGAAAUGUUUUAGUCAAGAAAAGACCAGCUUCAAAAAACGGCAAGUAUUCCUUAUCAGCCGAUCUCUUUCAAUCAUUCUGGCCAAUUUGUUAUUCUAUGUUGUUGUUAUCGUUUGGAAAGCAAAUGGAUUUAUGUAUACUUCAGCAAUGAUCUUCAUUUUGAUCGGAGGAAUUAACUUCCUUUCUGUAACUGGAACAUAUAUUGGUCUCACGAUUCUUCUCUACACGGCAAUUGCUCAUCAGUUUUGGUACAUGACGAAACUAACCCUCACACAUUGUUGGUUAAUUAUUGGGCUGAUUUGGAUCCUUUCAACGGCUUCCUCGGUUUGCAUUGGACUAUGGGGAGCGACUUUGUUCUAUCCAGAAUCUGCGCCGAUUUCCUGCUCCUUUGAAAAAUGCCAACAGCCAUUGGCUAUUAUAAUUGUUGUUGGACUAUCAAUUUGUUAUGGAACUGUCAUUGGGCUCUACAUUGCAAUGAUGGCAAGACUUCAUCGAUUGGUUCGAAAAUCUUCUCUAGUUCAGUCAAGAUCCAAAUCCAAUAGCAUGACGGCAAUGAAACGUCUUGGACUAAACAUGAUAACAUUUGCUGUUGGAAGUGUUCCAAUCCUUGUAGUUUGUAUUGUUGCUUUAGCAAAUCUUCGAGAAUUAUCAUCUUUGGGAGAAGGAUGCAAAAGCCCCUGCAAAACUUUUCUGCAUAGUUCUCUUUUUGUGGAAGUGGAAAUUCUGGCGAGUGUAGCUGCAAUCGUUUGGAUCAUCGCCAUGAUAAUUGAUCCAGUAAUCAACAUUUUGGCCGACAAAAAACUUCGCGGUCUAUUCUCGAAACAAAUCACACGGGUCUCACAACGACUUCGAAGAGCCUCCACUAAAUCUACAAUCUCAACUGAUGACCAAUAA